UAGGCAACAACGAUAAACAGCCAGGAACAACAUCCCAGCAAGUUGGAGUUUUCAAAUAAUUAAUUUGUAAGGAAAACCUGAACUGUCUCAGCAGAAGAGUGGAAUGAGGCAAUUUGAUUUUUUUUGAAAUGUUUUAUUUUUUUAAAAAACACACAGCUACCUAGCCACUAGUCAAAAGUCUUACCAUUCUCGAUAAAAUGGAGGUCUCUAAUUUGUUCAAGAGCCAAAAUGUCUUUCCUUCUGAGUCCACUUUAAAAGUCAAAGUCGACAGAAAGAACUUGCCAUCAUACCAAGCUAUGUUGUCUGUGAUGAAGGCAAAAAUGCCUUUUAUGUAUCAGAAAGAUGUUAGCCAUGCUGAGUGGCAUUAUGCGCAUUAUCAGAAACAAUGUCUUAAGAAUGUAUCCAAGAGCAUUCAUUUUUCCAAAGAAACCAUUAAGCCAUCAGCUUUAUCAUAUAAAGAUUAUGACCCUAAAGGUCUAUAUGAUUUUUCUACUAUUCUUCGUCAAUGUAAAGAUGAAGAUAUUCCUAAAAAGCUAAGGAAACCAAGAAAACUGAAACCAUCAAGAUUACCUCAUUUGAGGGAACCAGAAAUUGUUCCUGUCCAAGAAACCUUUGGGAAUCUCCCUCUGUUCUUAGAAGACUGUAUCUGGGAAGCCAAACUAGAGAGUACCCAAGCAGAGCCCAAAUUGCUGGUACCCAUUCCUCCUCCUCCUCCUCUUUCUCCUCCUUCUUCUGACCUUCCAAAUAUCCAGGCAUUCCCAACCAAACCCCCUGAGAAGUUAGAAGUCUCAAGUAAGAAAAGACAGUCCAAAUUCACAGUCUGGGAUGAACCCGAACAAGAAAAACUGGGGUGGGAAGAUACACUGUUAACAAAGAUAAGCAAAACAACAGCUCAAUGGAUUGUGAACAAUCAAACCUCUUGGGGAGGUUGGGUUCAGGGUAAGCUAAAGCAUUUCAAGAAACAGAAGUACGAUUGGAACAGCAUCAGAUAUGUACUCCCUUGUGAAAGUGAUGUGGAAUUACUGGAUGGAAUUCUAGCAGAGGAAACAGUGGAAGGAGGUCCUAUUCACAAAGAUGAACAAAAGAAGCUAGAGACGUCUCUCGCUGCUUACUAUAGGUUACCAUCUUUUCAUGCAAGAGUGGUAGGCGAGGAUGAUCUACUCUUUCCCAAUCAAACAGCAGACAAAAUAUCAAUGAAACAUCUCAGACCAGCGACUCCUGUUAAACGUCGUGAGCGGCUGCACCCCAGGACUGGGAAAUGUUCAUAUGUGACUCAGAAUGCCUUUGAACAAGAACUUUAUUUUGGGUCAGCCAAGAUUAUCCAUCAAAAAACCAAGAAGGAUCGUAUCAUUCUGGAUAAUCAUGAUGAAUAUAACAAACAUCUAGAACAAUGCUACCCAAGACCUCCAGAAAUCUGGAGCUUCAAAUCACCAAAAAGGACAACUAAAAAAGUACAGAAGGGAAUGAUCCACUGGAAAACACUUCCCACUCUUAUUGAAGAUUUUUCCCAAGUGGAUGAAAUACAGUCACCUGACCCAAAUGAAAAAGAAAGAGAUCCGUGCACUAAACAGGAAGAGAGUGUGUCUGAAACUGUUCGCAUCCGUAAGACAAUGCUGGAACAAUGGAAAGCUGCCUGGAAAUUUGAUCCUCAUUGGCAGACAGCAACUAUAGAAGGGAUACUUGUAGACCUUGCUGAUUUGCAUGUUCAAAAUCGGAUCAAUGGUCUACUUGUCUGUGCCUCUGCUGUGCUUGAGCGUCCCUGUAAAGUCCGAAAUGCAAAUCAGAAGUCAGAAAUAGGACUAGAUGCUUCCACAAAAGACAUAGAAAUUAAGGAUUUACCGAAAAAAAUACAACCCUUGCUGCAAAAAACUCUGUUUGACACGGAUGCCCAUGUACGAAUGGCAGCUGCAGUAUGCUUCUAUGCCAUGUGGAAACCAAAUCCAGAAGCACAGUCUAUCAUGAAGAAAGCUCUGAUAGAUGGUAAUUCUGCAGACAGCUGGGCAGCAGCUCAAGCUCUAGCCCUGGAAGGAGUUAGCAGUUUCCAGGUAGUGAAAAGGAUUCUGUCUCAGAUUUUUGAUGAAAACAAUGAUGCUUCAGAAGAACAGGCAUGUCUUUUGUUAGCUCGGCUCAGCAAACACACGGGUUUGGUUCAUUGUUUACUGGCAUCAGAAUUGAACAGCUAUCAAUGGAUACAUCGGGCUUUGGCAUGUAAAACAUUGUCUCGUAUUCCAGGGAAUGUCACCCAGGACCUCAAGAACAAAAUUGUCCAACUGAUGUGGACAGAUUGGAAAAUUGAGGUACGCCAGGCAGCUGCCAAGGUUUUGGGACAUUUGAAACUUGGAAAAGAAGUCCAUGACCAGCUGAGAGAGAAUCUAAAAAGGGGAGACUGCCGGAAGAAAGUGGAAGCUCUUUCUAUGAUUGGCUGGCUGAAAUUCAUGACAGCCAGGCUGCUCCCUGGAUUUCUUCAAUGUUUCUCCGAUGACUUUGUAGCUGUCCGAAAAGAAGCUUGCUGGGCAGCUGGAGCACUUCAGAUUAGAGAAGAGACAGUAUUAAGAUGCCUUUUUAAGAUCAUGCAGACUGAUCCUUUAUGGAAAAUCAAAGCCCUUGCCAUCAGAGCUUUGGGUCAGAUAGGUGAGGCAAGUCCCUACCUAAAAAACCUUCUUCUCUGGGCCCUUCAUUAUGAAGAAGAUCCUGGAGUACGGAGGGAAGCCUGUCGGAGUAUCAUCACUCUCAAAAUGCAGGAUGAAACUGUUCGGGCUACUUUACUGAUGAGAAUGAUACUAGAACCAAAUGAGAAAGUAAAAGAAGAAGUGAGCCGUGCUGUGACAAAUUUCAAUUUUGAACAAGAGGAAGAGCAAGAAAUGAUCCAAAAAAUCAAGAAUGAGAUUUCCAGAUUAAGCCAAAAACCCCUAGUGAUAGAGAAAGUACUAAAACUUCAAGAAGUAAUAGAGAAGAUGUGGCAUGAAGCCCACUGCAUUUAUCGGGAAAAAGGAGACAUCUUUGCAUAUAGAGAUAUUCGUGACAUCUUCCUUAAUGUUGUUAAAACUGCUUUCACUGAUCAGACACAAACUCCAAGCACGAAGUUCUCAAAGCUUUGGAUUGCUAUCUUAAAUGUAUUACCUUGGUUAGGAAUCCCUCCAAAUCCCUGGACACAAAGAGCCUUUUAUGAGGCACUAAAAAAGCACAAGGCAGAAAGGAAGAAACAUCUCAAGAAACCAACAACUACCGAAAAGCAUAAAGAAUCCAAGGACUUUAAAAAGGGCACAGGAACACCAUUUGCUAUUCAUUUUGAGACAUAACAGGUUGACUUUUCACUGCAAAAGAUGCAGCAGUGAUGGAACUCUGCUAUGCUGAAAAAUUCAAUCUGAUGGAAUGCUGCAAGCUCAGUUUGUUUAGUUUGUUAUAGUACUGGAGAAUGUUAUAAGUAAUGGAGAAUGUUAAAUGAGAUGAGUUUAGAGCAGUUGUGUUCUGUAUUUGUAAAUGCAUAUUUCCUCUUAAUUUUGUAUUUGUACUCAUUCACUAGCCUUAUCUUCCUAUAUGUGUACAAUUAAUUUUCAAUAAAACCAAGAGGAAAUGAUUAAAACUAUAACAAAGAAU